UGAUGAUGAUGAUGAUGUAUUUUUCAGUCUAAGCCUUGAUCUAUACUUCUAUGUCCUUCCAGACCCUAAUGCAACCUCAAAGAGAAGUAAUCCACAACUAACUAGAUAGCAGUAACUCUAGUAAAGCAGUUAAUAAGAGGAGUGAUCCUACCCUGUUUCCUUAAAGAACUCAAACCAAGAACUACAGAUGAGACUGGGACAGAAAAGAAUAUGUUGCAUUUUCCUCGCCUGAAGCAAUAUAAUGACCACUCCAGGCUGAGGCAGAAGACCAUGAGGCCAUGAGGCAAGACAAAAGAAAAAAGUGAGUGAAAAGAGGAGAGAGAUGAAAGAAGAGAGCAUCUUUGCACUGUUUAAGGACAGGGCAGGGCAGGAACAUAAAGGGAAAGUAAAACAGCAGACAGUAAUAGAAAUGGGAAAAAGAAAUAAAAAUUUGUAAAUAUUAUGACCCACAGGCUGCAAUGAGGCUAGUGGAGUUAGAGUGUUCUCUGUAUCCAAGGCUCUAUCACCUAGCAGGGCCUCUAUGACCUCAUGCUAGAGUAGCCCAAGGUAGGUGGGCCCUAGCUCUCUGGGCAGCUUGGGGGUUCCUGCAGCAGCCAUUACCUUGCCCACCCCCUCCCACUCCCCACUAUGUUGGUCAGUACCCCCCACCUCCUAACGCUGGAUGAAGCAGAUGCCACUUGGGCCCUCAUCAAGGAUAAGGUCAUCGAGGAGCGUUUUGGGUCCAAUGUAGUGGCAGUACCUUUCCUGUCGGAUGCAGCCUACUAUGAUCUACUGGGUGUGCUAGUGAAACAGUCCCGUCCAGCCCACACCCGCCUGGCUUUGCCAGGUCGUCAGGGCCGAAGGGCACUGAAAUCAGUAGGGCUGCUACCAAAUCUUCUAGAACAGGCAGGGUCUGAGGGUGUCUUUGCCCACUGCACUCGGGAAUACUCACCAAAUGGCCGAGCAGAGACAGCCUAUGAAGAAAUGCGAAUGUUGGAUGGGCAGCCCUGCAGGAUUCGCCUACAUAUGGGAGGUCUGCGCAAGAAAGUUGCUUUCCUGCUGCUACCACCAGGGCAGGUGAGCCUACAGCAGAAUCUUCCCUGGCUCCGAAGCACUCACAGCAUCUAUGUCAUCUACCAGGUCUUCUCCUGCACCUGGCUGCAGCUAGGGCUUUUGCCUACAGCCCGUGAACCCCAGCUGCUCCGAUUACAGCGGUCACUACCUAUUGCUUUCUCCUGCCUCAAGUUUUCACUGCAGCCCAAGGGUGUGCUGGGACCGCAGAAGUCUCUGACCAAAGACCCAUUGCCCCAAGGAGCCAACUGGGUUAGACCUAGCCUUAGCAUCAUAUCAACUCUGGCCCCCACAUCAGUACCUGCUGAUACCCAUGAAGUUGCUGAUGUACCUCCACCUGUCCCAGCCCCACCUACACCACCUCCCCAAGAAGGGCUAGAAGGCAGACCCACCAGAUUCUCCUGUAAGGGUCGAAACCCCUUCCGGAGGGGCCCCUAUAUGCUUUCAGGGUCUGUCUUCGGAGUUCGACAGCGACGAAUGAAGCUGAGGCAAGAGAUGCAGGGGGCAAGGCCCCUAAGAUCUGGCAUAGGGAUACUGGUCCCCAAUAAACACCAGCUGCUGCACCCUGGGCCUGUGUGCUUCUUCUUCCAGGGUCCAGAAAGAUGAAGUCUCCAUUUUCCCCUAAGCAUCAAGUCCUCUCACCUUCUAACAGUAAAAGGGCUAUCUUGAAACCCUAUCAUCAGUGUUAUUACCAAAGAGAAAAAUGCCCCUGAUGAUUCCCCCACCUAUAUACAACCUUC